UUAUUAUAUGCGUGUAAAAGAGUCAGGUGUUAAAUAGUUUGAUAAGAACGAAAUCUGUUUUAACGUUCAUGAGAAAAUAAGCAAGAAAGAAGGAUGGAAAAACUAACUAUAAAAGAAGAAAUUAAAUGUCGCAAGUUGGAGAAAGAGAGGAAACGACGAGAAAGGAUUGCAAAUUCGUUGGAAGAACUGAAAAAUAUCCUGUAUGAUUCCCAGAUCACAGAACACAGAAAAAUCGAUAAAGUGGAAAUUCUGGAAUCAGCUGUGAAGAUGUUGAACUCAAAAAAUAUGGCAGAUGAUGAAAAAUCAUACGUCGCUGGAUAUAACGCAUGCCUCGUAGAGUUCACACGUCAUCUGAUGUCGGCGGGAUGCAUAGAUUGUCAUGCGAAAGCAAAUCUUAUGAACAUAAUUUCGAGGUUGUCAAAGUACAAUAUGGGUGACUUAACCAAACUAGCGCCCUAUGUGUGGCCAACAAGAACAGAUCAAAUUGGGGCGUAUUAUCCUCUUGAACACAAUCAAGCAGGUGGCGAGAAAAAUAAAAGCAUUUCGAUUCCUGUAGUGAACGGAAUGAAAAAUCAACAAGGCAACCGCAUGCCAUUAGGUCAAAUAGAGAAUAAACAGACAUUAAACCGUAAGAGACGUAUUAACGAUGAAAUCGAUGUAUUGUCAAGAAAAAGUUUAAGAACCUCAUACUCACCGCGAACCACGGACAACAACUACGACAAUAACGAGAAAUUGCUGUUACAGACAAGAUUGUCGACAAGUUCAUUGACAUUUUUUGCCGAUCAUGCCUUACUAAAGAAGAAUUCGUCCCCUCUUGUCGUUGGACAUAGCUUUAAAGAUCCCAACGACAACCAACUGAAACAACAAGAGAAAAAACAAACGUUUCUAGUGGAAAAUUCUUCAAAUGUUCGCGAAAGUAGAAACACAAGCAUACAAGACACACCAUACGAACAGCAGGACGCAGCGAAAGAGCAACACAAAGCAUCCUGCUUAUCUGGAUUAAAAAAGACAAACAAGAUGUUAUGUAACAUAAACACGAACAGGAAAACGAUUAUGCUCAUUAACAGCAAUUCUGACAAAAUUUACAUCACCACAACAAAUGUUCUUGCUGACAAAACUAGCAAAUUAAAACAACCAACUGCACCUUCUAAAUUUCUGCUUGUAAAGUCGCCAAACAUUACGAAACCUCGCGUAAGACAGGAGAUUAAUGUUUCAUCGAAUCAGACAUCCCAGUCUGCAGGCCUUACCCCUAAAUUUGUUACAGGUGUCCAAAAUACAGUGGAUUCUAAUAAGCAAAGCAGCAAUAAUGAUAUAAUUGCUUCUGACGUUCCUCGCACCGUGGAUAACUCUGAAACAAUGGUAAAACAAAGCGGUAAUGCAGCAAAUAGCAGCUUGACAGGGAAUGAGUAUGAAGGAGCCACCACAUAUCAUUCGCUAGACAGCAACAUGGAACCGUAUCAAUUUAGCAAUGUAUAUUCUAACAAUAAAGUACAACAGGAGAAAUUUAGCUAUACGCAGCUUUUGGAUGAUAGGAAUGACACUUUUGAUACGCAACUUAUACAAAACAGCACAAAGGCGCAUGACGAAGUUACAAGGCCGGACUUUCAGAACCUGGAGACAACUUCAACAAAAGGCAAGGCUGCAUUCUCGUUGCCACCGUUGAGCGUUUUCCUUAAUCAAUACUACGCUAGUGAAGAUUGAGCAAAAGGCGAACUCUUCUGUUUAUUUCUUAAAUAGUUUAUUGAAGCUUACUUAAUUUCUUCCAGCAAACAUUUAACACAAGUUAUUUAACAAAAAAAACAACCUUUAACUACGCUAAAAAGAAAAUGCUUCAACCUAAAAAAUGGAGAUUUUGAAAAAAAGAGAAUUUCAUGUAACUUAUAGAACAUGCAAAAACGAUGUUGGACAUCAGAUGUAUAAAUCUUUUAAUAUUGUUUUUAGACAUAACAUUUUUUUUCUCUAA